UGACGUACGUCUUCUCCCGGGAGAGCCGUCGGUCGAUCUCCUUGGAGCGGCGGACCUGCUCCACCUCGCCGCUGCUGAGUAGGCAGACGGGCAGGCACACUUUGAGCACGGACCGCGUCGGCAGGAAAUCCGCCAUGUUCGCGACAACUUCAUCGAUGCUAAUUCGGUGCGCGGUCGCGGGGCGCAGGCACGGGACCAAGCCCCUUCCCUCCACUCAGGAAGUAGACUGUUAUCGUCUAUUUGUCUGUGGACAGACUUAGAUGAGCUCCUUACCGUCAGUAUCUUAUAUUUAGGCGGCUUUACCUUUGCAAACGGAUGCAUUUAAUAUUGACUAGUUUACAAACUGAUCAUAUGACGCUCUAGCUAGCUAACAAGGACUCCGUGUAUUUCAUUUGGAGGUCUCGGGGGAUGGAGCUAUACACAAUAUAACGAGAUAUAACCCAACUUCUGGACUUUUCGGCUACAAAAUAGGUGUUAUUAAAGAUUCGACGUCACAAGGACUUUAAAGAUCACUAAACAAAACUUUAAACUCUUUAAACCCAAUUUGAGGAUGGAACGCCGCCGCCUAGCGGUUGGUGGCGGUUAUUGUGUAAUACUUUUCCUGGCGAGAAGAAAGCAGCUUUCUCAUUGGUCCAUGCUCUUUCAGGUUUGAGUCGUGUUCCGUUCACAAGCAUCGGAAACCCACAUAACCCACUAUUGGUAAACACUCUUACAAGCAAAUUAGAUUCGAUUCAAAUGUAUUGGCAUUCCACAUGCUCCAAGUACAUGGUAAUGAAAUAUAGUUUGGCAAAUAACCAAAAGUGCGAUAAACAACAAGUGCAGAAUUACUUUUUGUACAGAUGUGCCACCCGUGACAACAUUUAUAAAGUGUAUUUAUGGUUGUAACUACAGCAAUGAAUUCAUGUUAGAAUGGACGUCAAGUUAAUCACUAACAAAACAAAACCGAAAACUAUUUAAAACCGAAUCGACAAUAGAAUGUCGCCCUCUAUUGGUCGGUGAUGGCACUUGUGGAAUCAUCGGUCUAUUACUCGCAGGCUGGAGGUGUGUUGCAUUCACCGACAUACGAAAUAAGCACUGUCUUUUACAAUUACAUUAAUAUCUAACGAUAGUUAGAAACGUUUUCUCUAAGAUUUAUUAAUUGAAAUGCAACAAUCGAUAUAUGUCGAUAUAAAAACGAUGCACGGUAAGUAUGACCGUAUAAUUCUCAAUAUUACGACCUUGUUGGGAGUACAUGAAGGCACCAUCGGUAUUGAUCGUUGCACAUUCCCUCCAGCAGCAACAUCCCUACCCGUCACACACUCAUACACACAGAGCUCGCAGUUGCAUUGAGUGUGUGAGCCAAAGUGGAAUUUGUUAUCGGGCAUCAUGACAAUUAGAAACACUCUCCGGGAUCACGGGCAGAGGUAUCGACCACGGAUGGCCUGUCUGAAAAAGGCAGAAAAGGUGCUGCUGGAGAUGCAGGAUUCAAAAUCAGGAGUGAAGUCACAGCUGCAGCGACUGGUCAUCACCACCAUACCGCACGCCAUCACUGGUGAAGACAUCAUGGCAUGGCUGACUGACAGAUUCCAAAUAGACACGCAAGAGGCCAGGAGUCUGGGCUCCAUGCUGGUGGCGCUGGGCUAUGUCUACCCUCUGCAGGACCACAAACGCUUGGUCCUCAAGCCUGAUUCGUCCCUCUACCGCUUCCAGACGCCGUAUUUCUGGCCCGCCCAGCAGUGGCCCGUGGAGGACACGGAUUAUGCAAUCUACUUGGCCAAGAGGAACAUACGCAAGAAGGGAAUCCUGGAGAUGCACGAGCAGGAGCAGUACAACCAUCUUCACAAGUGGAUGAAUCACAAGUGGGACUUCAUUGUGAUGCAGGCUAAAGAGCAGUACAGGGCUGCAAAGGAGAGGAAGAAACCGGACCGUGUGGUGUUUGACUGCCAGGAGAGGGCCUACUGGGUGGUCCACAGACCUCCGCCAGGCAGCGUGAGCGCCAUGGACUAUGGACUUGAUAGACGAGUCGAUCCUAACGCAGACGAGGCCAAAACACCCGACUUCUACGAGAGAAUGAUGAUCUUCACCCAGCAGUCCAUCAUGAGGCCCAGGGUCAAGUCAUCGGUGUCCAUCGGAGCGUUGGUGAAAUACUGCGCCACCUACAACAGCCACGACCCCUUCCUGUCCAGAUGUCCACCCAGCAACCCCUGGCUCACCGACGAUGUCACCUACUGGUCCCUGAACAUGCCCAACGUGGAGACGCCAACAAAGAUGCGCGUGGAGCGCUGGACGUUCAGCUUUGGCGAGCUUCUCUCGGACCCGCGAGGCCGUGACGACUUCAGGCGCUUCCUGAAGAAAGAGUUCAGUGGCGAGAACUUGGCCUUCUGGGAAGGUUGCGAGGACUUAAAGUGGGGUGCGGCCACCACCAUGAAGGAGAAAGCCGAGCAGAUCUACAAGACCUUCCUGGCCCGUGGCGCCCCCCGCUGGAUCAACAUAGACGGAAAGACGAUGGAAAUCACGGUGAACGGCCUGAAGCAUCCACACAGAUACGUCCUGGAUGCCGCCCAGACCCACAUCUACAUGCUGAUGAAGAAAGACUCGUACGGCCGCUACAUGAAAUCUCAGGUGUUUAAGGACACGUUGAAGAGGGCCAUAUGCCCGGAGGAGCACAAGUUCACCGACGCCCAGCUGGAGCACAACUCCAAGAACCGCCGGCCCAGCAUCAGCCCUAUCAUCCUCCGCCAGCAGGAGCUGGAGGAGCGGGCCAAGAUGGCUGCCAACGCUCCCAUGGACAUCACACAGGUCAUGAGCAAACUCAGCAAGCAGCAGAAGGGGGCCGCCCCGCCCCCUCCACCCCAGAAAUGAUGCAUACAAAAUGUUAGCAGCUGCUGCUGUGAAAUUGAUUACCUUUUUAUCAGAGGGUGCAAAGGUGGAUGAACCUGUAGUU